ACACUAAUCAGUUGCUACUUAGCACACGUCCAGGUAGGAAUCAGAAGAAAUUGUCUCGUUGUGAUAGGAUAGACAGGUUGACAGAAGAGGAAUCUCCCUUAGUGGAGCCAUGGCUGUAUUGAAUGGUCCUGUACCGGUGUCCAGGGCACGCUAUCCUUACAGCACUCAGGGAUUGAAGGUGAUCUUAGCUUUGUGCUUUGUGUUCUCAUCAGUCUAUAGCUACCCAGCCAGCCGUGCAUCGGCUUCCAACUUGCCACCGCCGGUCGUUAUGAACAACACCAGACGCAACACAAGAGGUGAGUUGUUGACGAUCGCCCUGCCCGUUGGACAAGGCGACUGCACACUGAUUGUCUGUCCCGAGCAUAACGGCCACGUGAUCAUGAUCGAUGCAGGCAGUUCAGAUCGCGUAUGGACGUCCAGUGAUGUUAAAGGCUAUUUGGAAGAAGCUAAACUUAAUGGCGACCAGACAUUGAUGCAGCGCUUGACAACGAUCAUCGUAACCCAUCCGGAUGAAGACCACUUUAGUUAUCUUCCCAGGAUCUUUCCGAUUGGCGAACGAACACCGUCCAAGUUCAGUUCGCCAUCUCGCCAGUUUGGAUUCCCGGCACACAUGACCAACAACAAGCGCAGUGUGAAUCGUUAUCAUCACUCCGAACGCGACGAAACCUGGAAGCGCUCACCAUCUAGCCUGCGCGUGUUCAUAGGGCUAACACGUGACGCCUACGGGAGUAGUGGUGUAAAAGGGGGUAAAAUCCGUCAGUGGCUGGAUGACGUCAAUGCAAUGACAUUCAAGGGUGGACAGCCCUGCUACGAGAGGGACUGCCAUCAAGGAAAUACCUGGACUGAUAGUGUUUGUGGAGGACAGAGUAGCGUUCGAGUUGAGAUUCUAGCUGCCAACUUAGGAAGCACGAAGAACGAGCACAGUGUAGCAGUACGAGUGAAGUACGGGUCGCGCUCAUCUCUGCUCGUCGGUGAUCUGGAGGGGAAAGGGCAGGCACAGCUGAUGGACAGACUUUCUUCUAAGCUAGCAUCGGAUGUGUACAAGAUCAGCCACCACGGGUCUCACAUUGCAAACCCAGAAAAUUGGAUACGGGCCAUACGCCCCAAGAUGGCAUUCGUCAGCAGCGCGUAUGCUGGCAAGAAACUGGGCCAUCCCCGCUGCACAGCACUGCAACCCAUUCUCAAGGCAUCGUCUAUGCAACGUGAGACCAAGGGGCACACCUUAGCCUGCGGGAAGCCAUGUCGAAGCAAUGACGGUGCUCGGGUUCGUAUACAUGUUGGCAAUGUCCAUACCAGAGCGCAAGUCUACAGCACGGUGCCAAGCAAUCAACACGCAUGUGUGAUACAGAUCUCCUGGGCACUAAGCACCACCACCGUCCAGCCCCCGCAGCUCUUCUGCUGGACGCACACUCGUUCAUCUAAAUCUCCUCGCGGGCGAACACUGUCACUGUCAGCAGACGGCGAAUGUCCUGCCCCUGGUAGUGGUAUGUCUACGAGGGCGUCGGCUUGGCAACAGGGCUCCAUGCGCCUCAGAGCCAUUUUGGAUAUGAUCAGGCAACAGCACAUUGACUAUGAUUGAGUAAUAAUAACUAUUUAUCAUAUACAUGUCAUAUUCUGUUGAUAUCAGUAUCAUCGGCGGAUGUCAUCAAAAGUACACAACCUCUGUGUGUUAUGUACUCUUGAUGUCAUGUGUAGCCUAGCCUAGGUCUUUUGACCAUCAGCAGUACAUGUACUGUACAUGUAUCAUGAUGAUUGUGUAGUUCUACUGGAGCAUUAAAAUGUUCAUGUCAUGCACAGAGACUGAUGCACUGUAAGUUGUGUUCUUGUCUCUUGUUUCUCUCUCUCUCUCUUUCUCUAUCGGUCUCUCUCUAUGUAUGGUGUUCUGAAUGGCAUAAGCGAGAGUUGCACCCUCGCCACACUUGCGGAAUGCAUGUAGAUCUAGUAUUACUAUUAGUCUAUUAGUACAUAGCUGCAUGAUGGACACAUGGCAUUGUGGUUCUUUCAGGCUUUCAGUUUCAGCACAUACCGUAACUGUUAUUUUGCAUGCACACCGGCCACAGUCGCAGAACUGGCCAGUUGUCACUGGUCAUGAAGCAGUACCAUACUGUAUGGCUAUAGUAUAUUAUGCUGCUCUGAUCUGUAUCUACAGUGUACACUCUAGGCCAGCACUCAAGCGGCAAAUCUUUUUCAGGUAGCAUUUACGACCAAACCUAAGACCGAAGUCUAAGAGAAUUCCCUCACUGUUGUUGGCCAUUAUUUGUGCCGCUCGUUAUCCGUGCCUUUCUAAAGAAUUCAGCUUAUCACUA